AUGUCCAGAUCAGUUAACGGAGACAAAGAAGAUUUCAGAAGUUCCAUUGAGUCCGAAGGAGUCAUCCAACAAGAGAAUGUUUUUGUUGGCCAGCUACAAAUGCAGAAGGCACAUAGAGCAUUGGACGAAGAAGUGAUUCAGGAUGGAAUCAGCCUCACUGACCUCGAAUAUGAUCUGCAGGAAGGACAAGAUUCUACAUCUGAUUUGCAGAAGAAAGAGAAUCAUGAGCUUUUCGAUGAGAUCUUCACCGAUCUAACCAAUGAAUUUAAACCUUGA